CGCGUCACGUGAUGCAGAGGGCUCGGGGCAGCUCUCGCAGGCGGCUGCGCUCCCGUGCGCGCUGCCGCGCGGCGGCCCCGUUAACGGCGGUAACGGGCGUAACGGCUGCAACGGCCGCAACGGCCGUAGCGGCCGCGGCUGUGGCGAGCGCCGUCAGCCCCGGCGGCGGAGGCGUUGUGGAGGGAGCGGCGGGCGGAGGGAUCGCGGGGGGGCUCGCGGAGGAUGCGGCGGCCGGCGUUGUCAUCUUACUUGUAGAAACUUCAUGAGACACAGUAACAUCAUGGUGGAUGUAGGAAAGUGGCCAAUAUUUACCUUACUGUCACCUCAAGAAAUAGCAUCUAUUCGGAAAGCAUGUGUAUUUGGUACAUCAGCCAACGAAGCUAUAUACAUAACGCACAACGACGAGGUGUUUGCUUUUGGACUGAAUUGCAGUAACUGUUUGGGAACUGGAGAUAAUCAGAGCACGAUAGUACCAAAGAAAUUAGAAGCCUUAUGUGGAAAGAAGAUUUCCAGUCUCAGUUACGGAAGUGGACCACAUGUUGUACUUUGCACUGAAGAUGGUGAAGUAUAUGCGUGGGGACAUAAUGGUUACAGCCAGCUUGGGAAUGGCGCAACCAACCAGGGCAUUACUCCUGUUCAAGUCUGCACAAAUCUGUUAAUAAAGAGAGUGGUGGAAGUAGCUUGUGGCUCUCAUCAUUCCAUGGCGUUAUCAGCUGAUGGGGAUCUAUAUGCUUGGGGCUAUAACAACUGUGGUCAAGUUGGAUCUGGAUCUACAGCAAACCAGCCAACUCCUCGUAGAGUCUCAAACUGUUUACAGGGUAAAAUGGUAGUUGCCAUCGCUUGUGGUCAGACCUCCUCCAUGGCUGUAGUAAACAAUGGCGAGGUUUAUGGCUGGGGUUACAAUGGUAAUGGUCAGCUAGGUCUUGGAAACAAUGGCAAUCAGCUAACACCGUGCAGAGUGGCAGCAUUGCAUGGUGUGUGUAUACUCCAGAUUGCCUGUGGCUAUGCACACACUCUCGCACUAUCAGAUGAGGGUGUGCUCUAUGCCUGGGGAGCUAACACUUAUGGGCAGCUGGGAACUGGCAAUAAAAGUAACCAGCUAAGUCCACUGCAGAUCAUGAUGGAAAAAGAAAGGGAAGAAAAUUCGGAGAAGAACGCUUUCGUAUUGCUGGAUAGCUAUAAUGAAAUGGUUGUGGAGAUCGCAGCCUGCCACUCUGCUCACAUUUCGGCUGCCAGGACCCAGAGUGGCCAGGUGUACAUGUGGGGCCAGUGCCGUGGCCAGUCUGUGGUCCUUCCCCACCUCACUCACUUUUCCUGCACUGACGAUGUGUUUGCUUGCUUUGCUACCCCUGCCGUAAUGUGGCGUCUUCUGUCAGUAGAGCAUGAAGAGUUUUUAACAGUAGCAGAGUCUCUGAGGAGAGAAUUUGACAGCCCAGAAACCUCAGACCUAAAGUUCCGUGUAGAGGGGAAGUACAUCCACGUUCACAAAGCUGUUCUGAAAAUCAGGUGCGAACACUUCAGAACCAUGUUCCAGUCAUACUGGAAUGAGGAUAUGAAGGAAGUGUUAGAAAUCGACCAGUUUUCUUACCCUGUGUAUCGUGCCUUUCUUGAGUACUUGUACACAGACUGUGUUGACCUUCCGCCUGAAGACGCGAUAGGACUUCUGGAUUUGGCUACUUCGUACUGUGAAAAUAGACUGAAAAAACUGUGUCAACAUAUUAUCAAGAGAGGAAUUACUGUGGAAAAUGCUUUUUCAUUGCUCUCUGCUGCUGUCAGAUAUGAUGCAGAGGACUUAGAGGAAUUCUGCUUUAAAUUUUGUGUCAAUCAUUUGACAGAAGUGACACAAACUACAGCAUUUUGGCAAAUGGAUGGUCCCCUGCUAAAGGAAUUCAUUGCUAAAGCCAGUAAAUGUGGAGCCUUUAGGAACUGAAACGAGGCUGUAAGUUAUGGGUGUUUGUAGGGUUUUCUGCAGUUACCAUGGGUUGGUGUAACUGCACAGGUGGAAGCAGUAAGUGUUAGUGGCCUCUUGUACUUGCUGUGGAAGGCCACAGCAAAAACUGAUGUUCUCUGUGCUCAAGAGUGAGCUGUUGUUAAAAUAAAUGUUAAGCAAAAUACUCACUUGCGUUUAGAGUCUGGAUGGUGGAACCAGUACAAGGUUUCAGACAGAAAGACUGCCGCGUGCAGAAGAUACCGGGCGUUGGUAAGGACUUUUAGGUGAGGAAAUCACACUUGCAGAGCUACCUGUUAAUAUUUUCAAUUUACUACUUGAGGCACUGGCCUUUUGGGAUUAUGAGCCACUGAACGAUGUCACUUAAAUCAUUAACUCCCUGGGAUUAUACAGAAGCAAAUGGCAUGGAUAUCUUUUAUUGCAGCUGCAUGACUGUGAAUGACAUUGCCAUUUGCUGUGUGUAAUUAACCAAGUGUAUUCGGUGCUGAGAAAAGUGUGCAAAAAUAAUGUAUCCUCAAAGCCUGCAAAAGUAACCCUGAAGAAAGGGGUACCUAGCAGAUUGAAUCGGAAGUAAAGCUCUCUAUUUGAGUAUAUCUUACUACAAGUUGUAAUGUAUACUUUGUAAUCUGUUCAAGCAAUGUUUAUAAUGGUUAAUGGAAGAUUUCCCUCUUUGACUUCAGACUACGUUGGUUCCCUUGGAGGGAAAGGGGCACACUGUUCUGAAAGUUAAGUAUUGUAUAAAUUUAAACUACAUGUAAUAAAAUUCACGUUUUUGUACA